AUAAAUGCUUGCAAGAAAGGGAAGGAAUAUGUGAAAAGGAGACAUAAUCACGGCGAUAUAGGUGGGAUCUUUAGAUACUGAUAUUCACAUCGAUUAGGCUUUUCGAUAGGGAGAGCGAGAGAGAGUAGCAAUGGAGGCGGAAUUGGAAGUGAUCCGCGACGAUCUCCAAUCCCUCAGGCGAUCAUUGCAUGAUCCUUCUCACCGUGCUUCAAUCGAUAAGUUACAAUUGCAUGUUGAGCAUCUCACUGGUCUUGCAAAGUCUGCACCAGUUCGGCGAACCAAAGUCAAGGAUAUGAGUGCUGAGGUGGUAGAUAGCAAUCCUUACAGUAGGCUUAUGGCACUACAGAGGAUGGGCAUCGUGCAGAAUUACGAAAGGAUACGGGAGUUCUCAGUCGCCAUUGUUGGAAUUGGUGGUGUCGGCAGUGUCGCAGCUGAGAUGCUAACAAGAUGUGGCAUAGGUCGCCUUCUGUUGUAUGAUUAUGACAAAGUGGAGUUAGCUAACAUGAAUAGGCUAUUUUUUCGUCCAGAUCAGGUUGGCAUGACGAAGACUGAUGCUGCUGUUCAGACUCUCUCAGAAAUCAACCCUGAUGUUGUACUUGAGAGCUAUACGAUGAACAUCACAACGGUGCAAGAUUUUGAGACCUUUAUGUCAAGCUUAAAAAAUAAAUCAUUUCGCCCAAGUAAACCAGGAAGCGGUGUGGACCUUGUUUUGAGCUGCGUAGAUAAUUAUGAAGCGAGAAUGGCUGUUAACCAGGCUUGUAAUGAGUUGAAUCAAACGUGGAUGGAGUCUGGUGUAUCUGAGGAUGCUGUUUCUGGUCAUAUCCAACUGCUGAUCCCUGGAGAAACUGCUUGUUUCGCAUGUGCACCUCCUCUGGUUGUUGCAUCUGGGGUGGAUGAGCGAACACUCAAGCGUGAAGGAGUUUGUGCUGCAUCCUUACCUACAACCAUGGGAGUUGUUGCUGGACUUCUGGUUCAAAACACUUUGAAGUUCUUGUUAAAAUUUGGAGAUGUCUCCCCCUAUUUGGGAUACAAUUCUCUCAAGGAUUACUUCCCGACCAUGGAAAUGAGACCCAAUCCUCAGUGUUCAAAUGCAGCUUGUCUGGAGCGGCAGAAAGAAUACAUUCUUGCAAAACCAUCUAGAGACGCUGCGGCUAAAGCCAAAAUGGAGGCUGAAGCAUUGUCAGCUGAAGAAGAAGAAGCACUUCAUGCUGAUAAUGAGUGGAACAUAAGUAUUGUUGAUGAUAGUGAGCUGGAAAAGGUAGACGUCACAAGUUCAGAUGCUCUUCCUGAAGGCCUUACCCGUGAGCUGCCAGAGGCAGAUGAAUUUCACAAGUUCCCAGCUCCCAAAGAAACCAGUACUUCGGCUGAUGACAUUGAUGAUCUCCGGAGACAACUGGAUGCCCUUAAUGCUUUCUAAUGCCCAGUACCAAAACUUUGAAAACGGUUAGCGCCACAGGCCUGUGGGAAAAUUGAAUUGGUGUUGAGCAGAGAGCUCAACUCAAAUAAGCUAUAGGGAUUAUUGCAGAUAUGGCAGGCCUCUCUGUACGGUCCCUACGCUUAUAGAUUCUUUUGCUAGACCCCCCUCCCUUGUAAGAUAAUUAAACCUGGAGUUGCGAAUUCCCAAAUCAUUACAUGAACUCGUUAAGGUACAACACAAACACGAGGAUACACUACGCAUGCACAAAUUUUAUAGAGCUUCGGAGAAUGGUAGGGAUAACCCCCA